CGGAAACCCUAAGACGCAAGUCGAAACCACCGCUGUAUAUUAAUUACGAGAUAGAAGAAGCUGCAGGGCAGCCGUUCACAAACACAAAACAAUGGUCGAGCCAAAGGAUAGGGUCUGCGAAAGGCAAGGGAUGGAAGAACCUCCUUCCCCCAAAAAGCAAAAGACGGAAGGUGGUCCUGAUCUUUUUCGGGAUAAGCAGCCGCCGGAGCAGCAGGUUGCCGCGGCAGAGCCGCCGUCGGCCUCCUCCUCCUUUCCAUGGGGCGAUCCGUCGUCUCCUUACCCGGUGAUUGGAGUCAAUCCUGCAUGCAGACAUUUUGAGAAGAUGCUCAAGUACCGGGGUGCUGAAUUAGAUUCGCCGCCGGACAAUGAAGAAAUAAUGAAAAAGGACAGCGCCUACGUAGCAAAAGCAGCUUUGGAACUUUACAACGGGAAGGAGGGGACGAAGUAUGUGUUUGAUGAACCCUUCCUCUGCUGUUGCAAUCUCCUUCACCCUUUAGUGGUACUCCAUGCCAACUUCACUGCUAGAGAGGAAAACAGCGAUUCCAGUGACAUGUUUUUUGGUGAGGCAGUACAAUACCUUGGGGGAGGUUCCCAGGUUCUCAACUGUGUCAAGGUAGAUCCUUUGGCAAAGGGUGGUUACCGCAAUGGUUGCGCCUAUUGUCGGAAAGACAUCAUCCACCCUCCUGUUGAACACUGCGAGUACGGGUCGAAUGCGUUGGUUGAUCAGAAGAAGCUCCAGCACAAGACUGUGAAACCCAAAUCAUCCAAGUAGGAGGAUUGAAUUUCUGACUGCCCACUACCCUCUCCUUCCUAUUGGCAACCUCGACUAGUAAAAUUCCCCUGUUGGUAGCAGCAGCCCCAUUCCAAACUUGGUUUAACUAAUUAUAUGCUCUCUGUGUAUGUGUCGUGAGCUUAAAGAACUUUUCUGAUCCUUGUUGGUAGAAACAAGUUGUUGUUAUUAUUAACUAUAUGUGUAGCGUUAGAAGCAGUCGCAGCAGUUCGGUUUCUGUUUGAUGUUGAUGAUCUGCAGUAUGUUCAUCUGUGAACUCAACUAUGAUCCAUCCCGUGUGUUUGUAUUUUGGUUUAUGACCGUUAACUGAAAUAUCAGUAUCAACUUACUGCUCA